AUGAUGAAAAUGGACUCGGCUAAGGCAGGCCCGGGCUUGUGUGGACUGCCACUCGAAACAUUGCAAAACAUCGCAGGUUACCUCGCUGACUCGUAUCGGCCAAGUCUCUUCGCAUUCAGCCUGACAAGUAAAGCUUGCCAUCAAGCGAGUACUCUGUUCAUCUUUCGUCAGAUAAAUCUCAAGCUUCGCUCUCGCGAGGCAUUGCAGAACGAUGUUGGGAGUCUCAUCAAGACUCUCUCUCAUACCAACUCCGCCCGCCACGUCCACUCCAUCAGCCUCAAGGGGGUUCUGGAUACCAAGACACGAAAUGACGAUCUUGGUAUGACGAACACCGACCAUCUAGGCUGGUGGACUGACCUUCGCGGCAACGAAAUUGUACCCCGCCAGGAGACGAUCUACUCCGGUGGCUAUUUCUCCUAUGAUGAGUCUGUCGUCGAAAGAGAUUCCGACGAGGAUACAGCAUGGGCCCCAGUUGUCAACUUUAUCAGGACACUCCCGUCCCUAGAAAAGCUGGUAUAUGAUUGCCUUGAUCAAUUUCCGCCCAGCCUCUUAUCUGCGCUGCACAAAUACCACCCCAAGUGCAAGCUCUAUCACAUGACACUCCGACUGCACACUCUACUAUGGGACGCACCGCAUCCUUACGAGAUGGCCCUGGCUACAUCCCCAUGCCUAUACGGUGUUAGAGUCAUAUGUGUUCGUCGAGAUUCAGAAGGCGAUGAUGAUUUCAACCAAGAGGCGACGAUGGAGCUUGUUGCUGGUCUCGCACCCAACCUCAAGGAAGUCACUCUGAUCAAUUGUUUCCCGUACCGCGGGCGCAGGUUCACCGACGACCGAGCCCAGUGGAAAGGCCUCCCUGGCUAUGUCCCCGGAAUGGUCGGGUCUUUGACCUCUCUGUCCCUCUUCCGGUCAGCAGAAUAUCUCUGGGAGCCAGAUUACAUCCCGACAUGGGCCAAGUUCACCGACUUUGGCUCUCUGCAGCGCCUGACCAUUGGCGGACCGAGCGACAGGGGAAUCGAUGGUGGGACGAUGGGCUUGAUUGCUCGAAACCAUUCCUUCCCUCGGCUAAAGACCCUUUGCGUCUGUCUAGAACGCAACGAUCCGCAUGGCGUGAGACCCGAGUACGGCGAUGACGCUGCUGCCUUCUUCUCAGCAUUUGAACCUCUCACGCAGCUCUCAGUAUCCGGACCACUUGAACCCAAAAUUCUAGACGCCAUCCUGCAUCGACACGGCCGGACCUUGAAAGAGCUCAUGCUAUAUCCGCGAGAGUGCGAAUUCCGCGGAGACGGCGAUCGCAACAGGGAAGAAAUCCCCAUGGUACUCACCAAGGAACACAUCCAGCAAAUCCAAGCCGAGUGCCCCGCCCUGGAAGACCUGGCCAUCCCGGUCAAGCGCAUGAUGUCCAGCGCGGCCGAGGUCGACAUCUACAGGAGCCUCGCCAAGAUGUCGCAUCUGCGGUCGCUCCUCCUCACCCUGGACUGCUCCGAGUGGCGGGUGAAGCGGGACAGCACCUACGACCCUCCCUUUGACGAGGAAGACAAUAGGCCCGGCCAGUUUGGCUACAAGCGGGGCGUCCUGCGGGAGCUCCUGAUGAACUGCGCGGUGGACGAGGCGCUGGCCCGGUCGAUCUGGGAGACCGCCCGCGGGGAGCGGCUGGAGUCGCUGAAGCUGUGGACGACGGGUGCUGGCCAGUUUGGAACCGGGCAGAUCCACAUUGCCGAGGAUUUCUACACCCACAUGAGCCGCUCGUGGCUGAUCGAGCGCGUUCCUCGAGACGACAAGGAAGUUAUACACAUUAGGGAGUUGGGCCGAGCCGAGAGGGAGGCCAAGGAUGCAUACAGGAGAACGGUAGGGUCCAAGGGCCCAAGGCCGAAGGAGAUGGAAGUCUUUCGUCGGAUUUGGCCAAGCAAAGAGGGCAGCGAGAGCUGGUACGAUGAUUGGUCAAGCAUUCCUCUACAAGUUUAA